CCUUCUUGGAUCUGUUUUUUUUUUUUGCUACACAGAGUUUGCCUUUCCUUUUUCUCUAAUUUCGAGAGCAAAGAACAGUCUUGUGAAGAGUAAGUAGAAGAUGAGUUCAACAAGCAGAGCUAUUGUAGCAGCCAGCGUAGGAGUUGUGGAGGCCAUGAAAGACCAGAUGGGUAUCUGCAGGUGGAAUUAUAUUAUAAGAUCCGCUCAGCAAAACACAAAGAACCAUCUCCGGUCGUUAUCUCAGACUAAGAACCUCUCCUCUUCAACUUCCGCAGUGGUUUCAAGCAAAGCAAGAGAUCAGAAAAUGAAGAAGUCGGAAGAGUCUUUGAGGACAGUCAUGUACUUAAGCUGUUGGGGUCCCAAUUGAGUGGUCUGAUAUCUGGUGAUCUGAAGAAAGUCACAAGGCAGUGAGUUCUCGGCCGAGAAAGCCGUUGCGUGAAGAAGCCCAAAAAGAAUACAAACGGUACAUGUACUUUGUACAUGGC